AUGUUUGGAAGCUCUAGAAGAGGCCGAGCGCCAGUCAAGCCUCUGACAAAGGAGACGGCGAAUCCAAACGCGGCCACUGCCGCCGCAUCAGCAUUCAUGCGUCGCGAACCGUCAACGUCUCUAUCGUCAGCCGCCGCGGCCGCCGCCCUCAAGGCGCGGCCCACGACCCCGACAAAUGUCGCCGAAGCCCAAUCGAAGCGAUCCGUUCGACGCAGCGCCUCUGUCUCGUCGACGGCCAGCCGUGGUCGGCCCCAGAGUCGCUCAACCGACCUGCGCAGAUCCCCCAGCACGGGUUCCAUGACCGAGCGCACAUUCCGAAGUCCCUCGCCAGCAGGCCGUAGUCCAACGCCCCAGAAAGUCGACGUGCCUCCUGUACCGAGACUUCCCGAGACCGUCCAGCGACCGGCGAGCUCGCACAAUCCCGCCGGCCUGACCAUCCAAACCCAACCAUUCCGAACUGCCAGCCAGAAAGCGCAAGAUGGCAACAGCCAGGGGUCUUGGUUUUCAGCCCCUGCCAAUCGAGCCAAUGCCAGUGCGCGGCACUCGCAGCAGGUGCUGGAGUACACUCCGGCUGACGAUGGUGAUGAUGGGAGCAUAAGCCCGUCCAUCAACUUUUCGUAUCCACGAUCGCGCAUGGAGUCCCCUUCGCCGUCACCCACGGGAAAGCAGAUGGUGUACGACGCAAAUUCACGACGAAUGGUUCCCAAGGCCGAGCUGCUGCACAGGUCGCAGAGCGCGCGCCCCUCGCCCGACAAGCCGGUCAAGGCCAGCAAAUCCGGCGUAUCAAGGAGCGGCUCACAUCUGGCAAAGGGUACAAUUAGCCGGAUUAGGGGGUCCGCUGUUGAGUCGCCUUCGCCACGUGGUACAGCAUCGCGAGACCCAACACCACCAGCGCAGCGACAGAGGGCUGGGUCGCAGCCGCAAACGGUGGUACGAUCUGCACAAACACCAAAUCAACAUGCAAAGGCUAGCUUAUCUAGGGAGGAGACCUUGGUUGAACCCGAGGCGCAAAUGCAGCCCGUUUCUGCGGCGGUCCCAGCUACCCCCCAGCGUGUAGUUGCCGAGCAGCCCCGCGAAGUGAGGAACACUGAGCUCGAAAACGCGGCGGUCGAUGCUGUCCCUGUGCGAUCACAUCCAGCACCACAAGCCGCGCUGGCCGCUGUCAACAACGCACAACCCCAGCCUGGGAAAGCGGUCGCGGAUGUCCACGUAUCAGCUGAUCCGAGAGGCGAGAAAUUCGCCAGCGAUCCGAAGAGAGAAAGCGUCCAACGAGUACGGGUGCAGUCAGAAAGUCCUGCACGUAGCCCGGCUAGAUCUGCUCAUUUUGCUCCCACUGCCAAUCAAUUGCUCGUCAGACAUGAACCGCCGCCCCGAUCGUUAUCGCCUCGCAAAUCAGCGCUGAAGAACACUAGCAAUGCAAGGGGCGCUUCCCCGUCCGACGAUGGAUCGGAGGUCUCGGAGGCAUUGCAUGGCGGCGACCCGAAUGAUGAGGUUAGUCGUAGGAAGAGCUUCAGGGUCAGCUUCAAUGAUGAGAGCAAUGUUGUCGUUGGGGAGUCGGCAGAACCUCCAGAGGUCGAUUCUCCCAUUGUACCGAGCCCGCAACAGGCGACCAAGAAGACGUGGCAUAGCAUCUUGAACCGACAUAAGAAAGAAGCUUCCAAGCUCGACGAGGACGAGACUAUGGGCCCGAGACCUGCUUUACCAUUGUUCGGAAGCGUUCGCGAGAAGAAGCCUAGGGAGGCCGACGCGAAUGAGCGCCCGCUCGUUCGACCUGGCGAGCGAGCGUUCUCUCCAUCUCCCGCACCGUCGCCACUCCCUAGGGCAUCGCCUGAAGCGGAAUCUGAGACCGUUGGCUAUUCUAAUGACCCUGCCAUUGGCUUCGUGCUUGCGUCAGAAUCGCCGACUAGGAACGAGGCAAACAUUUCGCGAGCCAGGGAGCCUUUGCCGCCCGUGGUGACAUCUGUUGAGGGGUCCGGAUACGACAGCAGCAGCUUCAUGGACACGGACGACGACGAGGUGGAUCAUACAAACGCCACAGACACUACAGAGGUGUCGCAGCAAGUUCCAGAGACAGUCGUGGUGGCGAACCAGAAGGAGCUGGAGAAAGCUGCUGAAGCUGGCGAGGUUCCAAGCUCGACAGUGUCUGAGCCUGCAUUUGGCGCAAAGCCUGAUGAGCAUACCACCGGCAACGCUGUGCAUGCAACGGCAGAGGACGCAAAAGCCGACGGAGACAUUCCCUCCAUCUCUAUCAGCGGACCAAGCCCUGCUGCUCGGGAUUCUGGCGAAAUCUCUCCUGAGGCAGAGUACUUUGACGUGCCUGGUGGAUUUCCCGACGACGUUGAGACAACGGCUGUCCCCAAGUCAGAAGCUGUUGACACUCGGGAGGAGCCGCAAGCUCCUACCGCCCCUGUUACCACAGCUGUAUCGCCCAUUACUGUCCCGGCAGCCUCAGAGUCCAUUGAACCGGCGCCGUCAACACCGACUAGGUCGAAUGUGGUCAUGAAUGAUAUAAUCGAAGAGGAAGAAUCAACCGACAACAGCAGCAUCUACAGUGACGCUUACGAGGACAUCUCUGAUGUUGAAGAUGGCGGGUUCAUGUCCUUGGAUGCCGUUCUGACUGCUCCGGCCGACUCCCAAGUCUCGAGACUGUAUCAAAAGACGAAGAGGAAGUCUCAAGAAAGCACGCGCCCCGCUGCCACGGACGUCGAGACGGAAGCUAGCGGCCAAGAACCUCCCGCCACACAAGACGAUUGGGAGAAUGCAAAGACUUAUUGGCGCAGUCUCUCUGUAGACAAGCGCCGGCAGCUUGAAAAGGAGGCACUGGAAGAGGCUGGUGAGGAUGCGGACCAGGAAUCGGCAGCAAAGCCCAAGAAGAACAAGAGGCGAUCAACCGACCGCCCCGUGUCCACAUCGAGCAUCGCGAGCUCUCACAACCCCGACAGGAUUUAUCAGAUUAUGCCAGGAACGAGCUGGGCUCACGAGGAUGCUUCCCAGCAACCAGCAGCGGAUGCGCCUGCUCCCGCCUUGGCGGAAGCCCCCGUGCCGAAGCUUAAGAAGUCCAUGCGUGGUGAGCGGUCGUCCCCAACAGAUGUGGCGCGCGGCCCUCAGAUCAACGGGAGUAUGCGCACGACCAUGCGCGCGAACGGUGGCGCCUCUGCUGGAGCUCGCGAACCAGCACAUGCGCGGGCAAGCAGCGCUCGUCCUGCUUCGUAUCAGCCUGCUCUGUCGUCCGAAGUGGCCAGGAACACAUUGGCUAACCGCAGAACGCAUUCCACGGAAUCACAUCCAUCGUCAUCUGCAGGCCCUUCGACUGCUGGGGUUGCACCGACUCUGCGCAGACGUGGCUCGGACUCGAGCGAGAGCAGCUUCAGACGUGCUCGGCCUGCGAACCAGGGCUUUGGCUUCAGGAGCUCCAUGAGGACCGCGCCUGAGCCUGCAGUGUCUCCCGAGCCCACGCGGGGCAGCAGUCGCUUCAGCAUCCGGUCUUUAUCCCCCACAGGGUCGACUUUUGGCCGCCGCAGCCUCAACCCGCCACCAGCCCAAGCGCCAAUGGGCGGAAGCCGCAUGCGUACUUCUAUGCGCCUUGCCAACAGUCAGCCAAAAGAAGUCCAGACAAAACUCUCGUCCUUUGGCAAGAAGAACAAGGGUGGCAGCCGUUUUGCCGAGUCGAGCGACGAAGAGGAGAGCGGUGUUGGUAGUCGCUUUGCGAGUCGGCGGACACGUCAUUAUUCUAGCGACGAAGAGGACGCUGCCCUUCCUCCGCCCCAACGUGGUCUCUCCUUUAAAUCGAUGCGCUCCACCAACGGCGCCAAGUCCGCGGCUGCAGUAGCCUCAGGCUUCCCAUCGAAGCCUGCUCGCGCCCCUUCGCCUGAUCUACCUGACAGCGAUGAUGAGAUCGUUCAGCCCAAGCGUCACACCAUCGGUGCUGUCAACGACCGCCCGGCUGGUACGCUGCAAAGGAGCCGUUCUGGCCGAGGGAGCUUCCCUCCACCUGCCAGCCCGGGCUACAUAGCUGCGGAUGGUCUGGGACAAAGACCGGCCCACCAACGCAGGGGAAGCUUCAUGUCCAACAUCCUCCGUCGCAAGAAGGACAGCUCGAACAUGAUUACCCGAGACCUCAGCGAGAGCGCGGCUCGUCGGGAUACGCGCCUCGAGCGCAACCAAGACGAGCUCAACAUUGUCCGCAAUGACAGUGGUCGUUUGCAGAAGAACCAGCCCAGCUGGCCGUUGCCCGACGACAAUGUCACAGCUGCACCCCAGCGUCCCUCCACUUCCGCAGGCCCAGCUUCCGGCGGCCUCAAGAUGGGCUUCCUGAAGAGACGAAGCGUAUCCCACCAGGGCGCCCCUGGCAGCAACGCUGCUGCUGGCGCCAGCCAUUCGGCUGCUUUGGCCUCGAGCCCCGUGGUUUCGGAGGCGACAACCACUACCUUCCCAGAGGAAGGCAGAAAGAAGAAGUUUGGCAAGCUGCGGAAGAUUUUCGGCCUUCACGACUAG